AUGGCAGAUCUCUCUUUACUCCUCCUCCUCCUCUUUCCGUCCAUCUUCCUCCUUCACAGCCUCUACCGCCGCCUCCGCUUCCGCCUCCCACCGGGACCCCGCCCGUGGCCGGUGGUCGGAAACCUCUGCCAGGUCAAACCGGUUCAGUUCCGGUGCUUCGCGGAGUGGGCCGGGUCGUACGGCCCGAUCAUGUCCGUGUGGUUCGGGUCGACGCUAAACGUCGUCGUUUCGAACUCGGAAUUAGCGAAGGAAGUCCUGAAGGAGAAGGAUCAGCAGCUCGCCGGCCGCCACCGGAGCAGGUCGACGGCGAAGUUCAGCAGAGACGGCCAGGAUCUGAUAUGGGCCGACUACGGGCCCCACUAUGUGAAGGUGAGGAAGUUUUGUACGGUGGAGCUUUUCUCGCCGAAGCGGCUCGAAGCUUUGAGGCCCGUUAGGGAAGAUGAAGUCACGGCUAUGGUGGAAUCUAUUUACCGAGAUUGUGUUUAUCCAGUAAACUCAGGGAAGAGUUUGGUAUUGAAGAAAUAUAUAUACGCAGUGGCAUUCAACAACAUAACAAGACUUUCAUUUGGUAAAAGAUUUGUGAAUUCCAAAGGUAUAACCGACAAGCAAGGCCACGAGUUGAACGAGAUAUUCGAAAAAGAAUUCGAUUUCGAUUCUUCCUUCAUGAUUGUCGCCGAGCACAUUCCGUGGCUCCGUUGGAUGUUCCCGAUAGACGAGAAAAAGUUUGUCGAACUGGAAGCUCGAAGAGACCGAUUCACGCGUGAAAUAAUGGAAGAGCACACGCUCGCGCGCCGGAAAAGUGGUGGGGCCCCCAAACAACACUUCUUUGAUGCUUUGGUCACGUUAAAAGACCAAUAUGACCUCAGUGAGGACACCAUCAUCGGCCUUCUUUGGGACAUGCUCGUUGCAGGAAUAGACACGAUUGCAAUAUCCGUCGAGUGGGCGAUGGCCGAACUAAUCAAGAACCCGAGGGUGCAGCGUAAGGCCCGCGAGGAGCUCGACCGUGUAAUCGGAACCCAACGCAUAAUGAACGAACCCGACUUGUCAAACCUCCCAUAUCUACAAAGCAUAGUCAAAGAGUCACUAAGAUUGCACCCACCGACUCCUCUCAUGCUCCCACACCAACCGAACGAAAACGUCAAAAUCGGCGGCUACGAUAUCCCGGCAGGGUCCGUCGUCCACGUCAACGUGUGGACCAUAGGGCGGGACCCACAGGUGUGGGAGAACACUACAGAAUUUAGGCCCGAGAGGUACGUUGAGGAGGAUGUUGAUAUGAAGGGCCACGAUUUCCGACUGCUCCCGUUUGGUGCCGGGAGAAGAGUGUGCCCCGGUUCGCAGCUGGGCGUAAAUUUGGUGACAUCGAUGAUUGGUCAUCUUCUGCACCACUUCGAGUGGGCCCCACCUAAGGGCGUGUCUGGGAAGGAGAUCGAUAUGGAAGAAACUCCCGGUUUGGUGACUUACAUGCGGACUCCGUUGGAGGCCGUGGCUACUCCUCGAUUGCCCGAGUUUCUAUACAAGCGCACGGCUGCGGACUUGUAAUAAAUUGUUCGAUUCGAAAUAAUUCGACUGUUUCAGACAGUUUGUACUUAUAUAUAUGAACUAUAAAGUGUGUUUUCUUGCAUUGUAAGUAUGUAAUAUGUUUCUCUUAAUGAUUAAAAAAAAUAGAUUAAUUAUAUAUUAUGAAUAAAAAGAGAAACAUUAAAUAUUAAUAGUAAGAAGAUAAUAUACACAUGGGACAAAUGCUAGAAGCAGUUCACAAGUGACUACAAAUAAGUAAUAUACAGCUGAAACAAUACUGCCAAUUAGAUAGCCCAAAUACACUCAGAGAGUUACCACAAGCUAUAAGAUCAGUAAUCAUAACUCUUAACAACGAAAAUAACACACGGAAGAAGACGAAAAACUAAAUAAAA